AUGAACUGUUGUCCUGCAGUAAAUUCAGAGGAAUGGAUAGAUGUGCACGUGAAAGCAGGGACCUGUGAGGUGAUCGCAGCCCAUCGCUGCUGCAACAAGAACAAGAUCGAAGAAAGAUCUCAGACCGUCAAGUGUUCCUGCUUCCCUGGACAAGUCGCUGGGACCACCCACGCCAUGCCUUCCUGCGUCGAUGCCUCCAUUGUAGCCCAGAAGUGGUGGUGUCAAAUGAAUCCGUGUAACGAGGGAGAAGAGUGUAAGGUUCUCCCUGACCUCACAGGCUGGAGCUGCAGCACGGGCAACAAAGUCAAGACCACCAAGGUGACCCGAUAG